AUGACAGAUUUCCAGACUUACCAACCACCAACACAGGCAGAAGGAGGAGCCCCACCAUUACCACCAAGGACACAAUUCGAAACUCAAGAGACUGAGGAAGUCGAGUCGACAGAGGGAAUUGAAACAACGCUUGACGAGCCAGUCUAUGUCACACUCUGGAGAGAGUUGAGACAAGUGUUUGUCAAGCUGUUCCACGUUGUUGUCUUUUGCACAAAGACAGAACGUGUUCUCAAAGACUGGGAUUUGUGGGGACCAAUGUUUGUGUGUUAUCUCUUGGCGCUUCUUUUGUCGAUCAACUCAAUGAUUGCAAACAAAGGAAGUGACGAUGACUCAUACACGUCGUACGUCUUUUCGAUUGUCUUCAUCUCUUUUUGGGUCGGAUCCUUUUUCAUCUCACUCAACACAAAGUUUUUGGGAGGGAAGUUGUCGACCGCUCAAAGUGUGUGCAUUGUAGGGUAUUGUGUGUUCCCGAUAUUUUUGGGUGCAAUUGUGACGACCGUUUGCACGCUCUCUUGGAAGGUUCUUUCGAUUUAUGUUGGUGUUCCUGUGAUGAUUUUGUGCUGCAUCUGGUCGUGCAUGGCGUCGUUUGGGUUUUUGCAAAGUGCAAUCGAGCUGAAGAGGAGACCACUUGCAGUGUAUCCCAUCAUAUUAUUCUUCGCCAUGCUGUCAUGGUUGACAUUGGUUGUGAAUAUCUCGACGUACACAAGCAAACCAGAUGAGUCUGCAGCACCCAAAGCAUAA